CUGCCCUCUUCACGCCUGCACCAAACGCUCUGUGUCGGACAGCGAGGUCAGCUUGUAGUUCAGCUGAGAAGGGACUUUCUCCGAGGGCUGGAGUGUGCGUGUGGAGCAUGUGUGUGUGUGUUCGUGUUUGUAAGGCCGUUUGUUGGAAGUGAGGUGAGCAUUUAAAGGCCGAGGGUCUCUGGUGGUUUCCAAGUUUUCACGGAGUGUAAUGUGUUCUUCUUGGUGUUUAAGGUGUUCGCAGAGUCAGUCUUCACUGUCAGGUUAUGAGAGAGGGUUGAUGAGACUGACUGCACAGCUUGCUGUUAAAUGCAGAGGAUGUCGAACUCCACCACCAACUUCUACGACCUGCGUCAGUCCUUCAGCUUCUCCGACAUCAUCGUCAUAUCAACCUACUUUCUUCUCAACCUCGCUGUCGGCAUCUGGUCAUCAUGCAGGGUGAGCAGGAAUACUCUGAGUGGAUAUUUCUUGGCUGGACGGGACAUGGCCUGGUGGCCGAUUGGAGCGUCUCUCUUUGCCAGUUCUGAAGGCUCGGGCUUGUUUAUUGGUCUGGCUGGGACUGGAGCUGCUGGAGGCAUCGCUGUCACUGGAUUUGAAUGGAAUGCCACUUAUGUGCUGCUGGCUCUGGCCUGGAUAUUUGUGCCUGUCUACAUCUCCUCAGGGAUCGUGACAAUGCCGGAGUACCUGGGCCGUCGUUUCGGAGGAGAGAGGAUAAGAACCUACCUGGCUGUCCUCUCGCUGCUGUUGUCCGUCUUCACAAAGAUAUCAACUGACCUGUAUUCUGGAGCCUUGUUUAUUCAGGUGUGUCUGGGGUGGAACCUCUACCUGUCCACUGUCCUCAUGCUGGUGGUCACUGCUCUCUACACGAUUGCAGGGGGUCUUGCUGCUGUCAUCUACACCGACACUCUACAGACUUUUGUCAUGAUAAUAGGAGCGAUCAUCCUAACAAUCACUGCCUUCAACAAAAUCGGUGGAUUCGGCAACCUGGAGCAUGUGUACAGCAUGGCGGUGCCCAGUAAGAUCAUUCCCAACAGCACCUGCCACCUGCCACGUCAGGACGCCAUGCACCUGUUCAGAGACGCCGUCACGGGAGACCUGCCCUGGCCAGGCAUGACUCUGGGGCUCACCAUACUGGCCACCUGGUACUGGUGCUCUGACCAGGUGAUCGUACAACGGUCGCUGUCCGCUAAGAACAUGAGUCAUGUGAAAGGAGCAUCCAUUUUGGCUGCCUAUCUGAAGAUGCUGCCCUUCAUCUUCAUCAUCCUCCCUGGCAUGAUCAGCAGAGCUCUCUAUCCAGACUCUGUGGGAUGUGUGGAUCCAGAGGAGUGUGUGCGAGUGUGUGGAGCUGAGGUGGGAUGCUCCAACAUUGCCUUUCCCAAACUGGUCAUUGAACUCAUGCCAAGUGGUUUGCGGGGUCUCAUGAUAGCAGUGAUGAUGGCUGCACUGAUGUCAUCGCUGACCUCCAUUUUUAACAGCAGCUCCACACUCUUCACCAUGGACAUCUGGAAGAAACAUCGGCCGCGGGCCUCGGAGCGAGAGCUGCUACUGGUCGGCAGGAUCGUGACUGUGAUCUUGGUGGUUAUAAGUGUGGUGUGGAUCCCCAUCCUGCAGUCAGCCAACAGCGGCCAGCUGUACGUCUACAUCCAGUCAGUGACGAGCUACCUCGCUCCACCUGUCACUGCUGUCUUCACUCUGGCUGUCUUCUGGAAGAGGACGAACGAGCAGGGAGCGUUCUGGGGCCUGAUGGUGGGUUUGGUGGUGGGCGUGUGUCGGAUGGUGCUGGAGUUUGCCUUCCCGCCUCCCAGAUGUGGGGUUGUGGACUCGGCUCCUGCAGUGCUGCGAGAUGUCCACUACCUCCAUUUUGCCAUUCUGCUCUGUGGCCUCACUGCUAUUGUGGUUACCACAGUAUCGCUGCUCACACCACCGCCCACCCAUGACCAGGUGUGUAACCUGACCUGGUGGACUCUGACUGAAGAGCCACAAAGAGAAAUUCCUCUACAGAAAGUGUCCUCUAUCAGCCACCGUAGCUCCCAGGGCUCGGAGCCAACGCGGCGGGUGACAUGUGGUCAGGGGACAGGGCUGUGUAUCUCAGCAGUGCGGCGAUCAGAGGAGACUCCAACUCCCAGAGUUCCUAGCGUUCGAGAGAGUGCGUUCUGGUCCAGAUUCUGCUGCGUCAACGCGCUCCUGCUGGUCAGCAUUAACAUUUUUCUCUAUGCAUACUUUGCCUGAGUAGAGGAUCAGAUUUAACAUCCUGCCUCACCCUCCUGCUGAACUGCUGCCAGUCUCUCCAACACGAGCAUUGAAAGCCUGCCUGCUUCCCAAACAGCCACUGAUUCCUUCAGAUCCAAGAAGGUUGGGAAACAAACUGUGAUUUUUGUACUGAUUGUACAUGAAUUUUUCAAAAUCAGUGGAUGUACUGCAUUUCGAGUGAAUCAUGUCAAUGUAGUUUCAUGUGCUGUAAAACAACACUAGAAGAUUUCAAACUAGAAAAUAGUGAGAGAACACAUACCUCCACCAAGGCUGCACAGGCCUCUAAAUGUAUUAUUUUCAUAAGUGUUCAGAAGAGUUUUAAUCUGCAUCUGGAUCCACAUUUGUAUCAAAUUACACUUAAUGAUAGAUAAUCAUAGGAUGCACAUGGCAGAGUUUUUUCUCCUUCAAGUGCAAAGGGUCAAGAAAAAAAGAGCAAAAUGCUCUUUGUUACCAUGUUUUGAAAUCCUGAGCAGCUCAGGCUGUGAUCACUGUUGUCUUUUUAAAUCACUUUAUUAGACAUACUGUGUUUCUGCAGUUUAGCUUUUUUACUAGCGAUUCCUUCAUAAAACCCCCUCCUGCUGUUUGUUGUAAUCCAGUUCCAAACUCUUUGAAGGGUAUAGCACAAAUAACAAUGAAGGUUGUAACAAGCUAACACGAAUGUGCAUUUAGUGCCAGAUAACAUAUGGCACCUCAAUAAAAGGAAGCUUGCAACAUACACUAUAUAGGCAAAAGUAUUGGGACACCUGACUUUUACACCAACAGGGACUUUAAUGACAUCUCAUUCCA